CCUCUUUUCCUUCUCCCACCAGCUCUGCAAGUCUCUCUCCAUUCCCUCCUGAAUCCCAGAGCACAUCUCUUUCCUUUUCCUCGCUCCCCGCAGCUCUCUGCUCGCGUGUCCCCAUUAAUUCCCCUCACCAUUACCCAUCUCUCCUCUCCCCCAAGAACAACAAUGCCGCCGUGGAGGCUUCGCGCGUGCGGUCUCCGGUGACGGUGACAACAGAUCCACCGCCAAGCAGCACGGGCGCGGCGGCCUGGCGCCAGAGCUUCAGAGCGGGAGCGGCGGCGGAGAAGAAGAGGGUCUGGCCGGGAUAAGGCGGGCGCGUCCAAUGCACGAGCACACCCUGGCCAGGGCGUGGGAGGCGACGGCGCGCAAGGCGCAGCAGCAGCAUCCGCCGCAGCCCGGGGGGAGGCGCCGGGUGGCCCCGAUGCUCCCCGCCGACGACGCCUCCGAGACGGCCUCCUCCUCCGCGUCUUCCUCCACCGGCGUCGACGAUUCCUCCUCCGACCACCACCACCACGAGCAGCAGUACGUGGAGCGGGGGCUCCCCAACGGCGACUUCUACACCGGGCAAUGGCGCGGCGGCGCGCCGCACGGGGCCGGGAAGUAUCUCUGGACGGACGGGUGCAUGUACGAGGGGGACUGGCGGCACGGGAAGGCCACGGGGCAGGGGAAGUUCUCGUGGCCGUCGGGGGCCACCUACGAGGGCGAGUUCAAGGACGGGUUCAUGGACGGCGAAGGGACAUACACGGGCGCCGCGGGGGACACCUACAGGGGCUCCUGGUCCAUGAACCUCAAGCACGGCGCCCACGGCAGGAAGAGCUACGCCAACGGCGACCAGUACGACGGGGAAUGGCGCUCCGGCCUGCAGGACGGCGCCGGGCGUUACAUCUGGCGCAACGGCACCGAGUACAACGGCCAGUGGCGCGCGGGCCUCAUCCAUGGCCGCGGCGAGCUCGUCUGGGCCAACGGCAACCGCUAUGACGGCGGCUGGGAGGACGGCUGCCCCCGUGGCCAGGGCACCUUCCGCUGGGCUGAUGGCAGCGCCUAUGUCGGCUUCUGGACGCGCGACAGCCCCUCCGGCAUUGUCCAGCAGAAGGGCGUCUACUACCCGUCUGCCGCGGCUUCGUCCCCGACGGCGCGCGAUCCCCGCGACGUGUUCGCCCGGGAAUUGCCGGGAUUCAUGGGCGGCGGCGGCGGCUCUGAGGCGACGCCGCUGCAGAAAUCGAUCAACAGUUCGGGCAACAGGACGGCGAAUGGGCGCGCGAGCUCGGCGUCCGGGCUGAGCAACUGCUCCGGGGGCGACAGGAAGUACGACAAGAUUUGUAUCUGGGAGUCGGACGGCGACAUCACCUGCGACAUUGUGGACGGGGCUGCCCUGGUGGACGACGCGCGGAGGAGCGUCAGGACGGAGGACGGCGCGGAGGGCGGGUUGUUCAUGCCGCAGCCGUCCCCGUCGCCGCGCGUCGCCAAGUGGGUGCCUCCGCGGGAGGCGAAGCGGCAGCAGGGGGAGACCAUCGCCAAGGGGCACAAGCACUACGAGCUUAUGCUCAAUUUGCAGCUCGGGAUCAGGCAUGCAGUUGGGAAGCAAGGGCCAAUUACACUUGAUCUGAAGUCAUCGGCUUUCGACCCAAAAGAAAAGGUAUGGACAAAGUUCCCUCCAGAAGGCUCAAAGUACACCCCGCCGCACAAUUCCUGUGACUUCAGAUGGAAGGAUUACUGCCCACAGGUGUUCCGGACAUUGCGCAAGCUGUUCAAGGUGGAUGCUGCCGAUUAUAUGUUAUCCCUUUGUGGAAGUGAGGCUCUCAGGGAGCUUUCGUCUCCUGGUAAGAGUGGGAGCUUCUUUUACUUAACAAACGACGAUCGGUACAUGAUAAAGACAAUGAAGAAAUCGGAAGUGAAGAUGCUUUUGAAGAUGCUUCCAGCUUACUACAAUCAUGUCCGAGCGUUUGAGGAUACUCUAGUAACCAAAUUUUUCGGUUUACAUUGUGUCAAGUUAGCUGGGGCGAAUCAGAAGAAGGUUCGCUUUGUCAUCAUGGGAAAUCUAUUCUGCUCUGGUAAUUCUAUCCAUAGGCGUUUUGAUCUAAAAGGCUCGUCCCUUGGCCGAACAACCGACAAGCCACAAACUGAGAUUGACCAGUAUACAACUCUGAAAGACCUUGAUCUGAACUUCAUAUUUAGAUUGAAGAAGCAAUGGUUUCAAGAGUUCCAAAGGCAAGUGGACAGGGAUUGUGAUUUCCUUGAGCAGGAGAAGAUUAUGGAUUACAGUCUCCUGGUGGGUGUACACUUCAGACAUAGAGAGAAGCUUCUGGUCGAAGGUUCCACUGAGAAUGAUAUCAACAUACUAUCAACACCUCGGCUUUCAAGAGGAAACACGGAUCAGUUUCUUGCUGAUCCAAACGGGUUGUCUAAAAUCAAACUCGGGACAAGCAUGCCUGCAAGAGCUGAACUGACUACUAGGAAGAAUGAUUGCGAAUUGCAGCUCAUCGGAGAGCCAACUGGGCAAUACUAUGACGUUAUAUUAUAUUUUGGGAUUAUAGACAUACUUCAAGACUAUGACAUCAGCAAAAAGCUUGAGCAUGCAUACAAGUCUUUCCAAUACGACUCAACCUCAAUAUCUGCUGUUGAUCCAAGACAGUAUUCCAGACGUUUCAAAGAUUUCAUAUACAAAGCGUUUCAAGAAGAUAGCUGAAAAUAUCCCCAAGCUUGACAACUACGUCGGAGCCCCCCUGAUGCAGCUGAACUUUGAAAUUUCAACAGAAAGAUCGGCAUCUGCACUGUGAAGUGGGGUAUCAUACUUGGAUGUUGUAAAUUAUCUGGAUGGUAACGUUUGCUCCCAGAAAUGGUCCGGCUCCUGCGUAAAUAUAAAUAGCUAUAUUAAACAUACAUACAUAGAGCUCGCUAACAUUUUGUAGGGUAGGAGGUGUUAACUUAGUGAUUCAGCUUACAGAUAGAAAAAGUUGUAACCACAAGUGCGCAAGCCAGCCCGGGAGUUGUAAAUGUUUUUUUUACCUGAGAGUACCAGCAUGAAUUAGGAUUUUUUUUUGUAACUUUGUUGGUUGACAUUUCUGAACAAUACCCAUAGGAACAUCCUUGUAUUUCUGUCUCCACACUGCACAUUGUUUCUUGGGACCUUGCAUGGCAGGCCAGCAGUGAUGCCUCAGUUUUGUUCUCCUUU